CACAAUACUGAUACACACCAAUUUUUUAUAUAUGAUAUUCUUAAUCGCGACCACUGUCAUAUUCUCCGGUGUAGUUGUAGCUCAGCCCGCUGUCCCCAACUUCGUUGAUGUCGCUCCCUACUGUGCCUCUAUAAACGAAUCCGAAUUGUGUCUAUCCGAGUUCGCAUGUAACUUUGACAUGAAGCAAUUUAUCUGCGUAGGCGACCCCGUGGCCACUGCUCGCCUGAACGACGCUGCUUGCUACCCAAAAAACGAGGUGAUAUGCAAGACUGAUCCCCGAUGCUUUUUUCGAGGAAGCUAUGUGUCGAGGUGCGGAUGAUAUGGCAAGCCUGUAAAUUGCUUUAUAUACGGCAAUUGAUCUUGA